UAUUUUUGAACUAGUAGAAGAUUAUGUUUGAAUGAAUGUCUGAAUUGUUGAACAAACAAACUAUGGGUUGUCUUGAACUUGAACUAAAAUUAAACAAAAGACCUCUUCUGUUUUCUCAACUCUCUCUCUUUCUCUCAUUCUUUCUAUCUUCCCUUUCUCAGGAAAAAAUCAAAUAAACAAUAGUGCUUUUCUUUCAUCAUUUUGGUCAAAGAAAGAGAAAUAUUGUAGUUGUAAUAUGGGAUAUCUCAAUUCAGUUUUGUCCUCAACAAGUCAGGUCCGUGCUAUAGAUGAUGGACCGGUCAGCGGUGGCGGUCUCAGUCACAAUGGAAAGUUUAGCUAUGGGUAUGCUAGCUCGCCUGGCAAGAGAUCUUCAAUGGAAGAUUUUUAUGAGACCAGAAUUGACGGUGUCGAUGGUGAAAUCGUUGGCCUUUUUGGAGUCUUUGAUGGUCAUGGCGGUGUUCGUGCUGCUGAGUAUGUUAAGCAAAACUUGUUUAGCAAUUUGAUCAGUCACCCAAAAUUCAUAUCUGACACCAAAUCAGCAAUAACUGAUGCAUACAAUCAUACCGACAAUGAAUAUCUGAAAUCAGAAAACAACCAUCACAAAGAUGCAGGAUCUACUGCAUCUACCGCCAUUCUAGUUGGUGAUCGUUUGCUUGUUGCAAAUGUUGGAGACUCCAGGGCCGUUAUAUGCAGGGGCGGUAAUGCAAUUGCUGUUUCUCGAGAUCAUAAGCCAGACCAAACUGAUGAGAGGCAAAGGAUUGAAGAUGCAGGAGGCUUUGUUAUGUGGGCUGGAACUUGGAGAGUUGGAGGUGUUCUUGCUGUCUCUCGUGCAUUUGGUGAUAGACUCUUGAAGCAGUAUGUUGUUGCUGAUCCAGAAAUCCAGGAAGAAAAAGUUGACAGUUCUCUUGAGUUUCUUAUUCUGGCCAGUGAUGGGCUAUGGGAUGUCGUCUCAAAUGAGGAAGCUGUUGGUAUGAUUAAACCUAUUGAAGAUGCAGAGGAGGCAGCAAAGAGACUGAUGCAAGAAGCAUAUCAGAGAGGUAGUGCUGACAAUAUCACUUGUGUCGUUGUUCGUUUCUUGAUGAACCAAGGCACUUCUUCUCAUAGUAGCUCCAACCAAUUUGCCGGCCACAGUUAGAGGGUUUGUGCAUUGGUGAAGAGGUGGAUAUCCAAACAUCUCAAAAGUGGAAAAAAAAUCAGUUUAUAUAUAAAGACCAUCUUGUAGUUGUGCAUCAUACAAGAAUAUACAGGAAACAGAUCAAAACUCGUCAUGAUCCUGUUAAAUAGAGUUGUUGUAUCAGUAUCACAUACAUAAUUUGUAGCUAGGAAAAAUUUGUAGCUAGUAAUUACUACUGCUACAUCUAAACAUGGUUCCUUGUCGUCAUUUGUUGUUCUUAGGGUUAGUUAUUUUAGUCUAACGCAAUAUAAACUGAAUUAUGGCUUGUAUAUGAGUAAUUAUGAGAAAUAUGCAUUGAUGUAUUUGUUCA